CCCGCCCCGCGAACAGCCAUCUUGCAAGCUGAGGCGGCGGCGGCCCUGCGGCGGUUCGGUGGCCUCGGUCCCGGCGCGGUGAGGCUCUCCGGCGCGGGCCACGCUCUUCCUUCCCUGCUCCGGCCUCGACCACGGCGAGCCUGAGCGCGGCGGCGGCCCACGCGCGGCUACGGGGAGAGAUGAGCAGCAACAGCAAUAAAAGAGCUCCAACAACAGCGACCCAGCGGCUGAAACAGGACUAUCUUCGAAUUAAGAAGGACCCGGUGCCUUAUAUCUGUGCUGAGCCCCUCCCUUCCAAUAUUCUUGAAUGGCACUAUGUGGUCCGAGGCCCAGAGAUGACCCCUUAUGAAGGUGGUUAUUAUCAUGGAAAACUAGUUUUUCCCAGAGAAUUUCCUUUUAAACCUCCUAGUAUUUAUAUGAUAACGCCCAAUGGAAGAUUUAAGUGCAAUACAAGGCUGUGUCUUUCCAUCACGGAUUUCCACCCAGACACGUGGAACCCGGCCUGGUCUGUCUCCACCAUCCUGACGGGGCUCCUUAGCUUCAUGGUGGAGAAGGGCCCCACCCUGGGCAGCAUAGAGACGUCGGACUUCACGAAAAGACAACUGGCUGCACAAAGUUUAGCAUUUAAUUUGAAAGACAAAGUCUUUGGUGAAUUAUUCCCUGAAGUUGUGGAGGAAAUUAAACAAAAACAGAAAGCCCAAGACGAACUCAGUAGCCGACCACAGGCUCUCCCCUUACCAGAUGUGGUUCCAGAUGGGGAAACACACCAUGGUCAGAACGGGCUUCAGCUCCUCAAUGGGCAUGCGCCAGGGGCUGGGCCACACCUCGCAGGGCUCCAGCAGGUCAACCGGCACCAUGGACUCCUGGGCGGUGCCUUGGCGAACUUGUUUGUUAUAGUUGGGUUUGCGGCUUUUGCCUACACGGUCAAGUACGUGCUGAGAAGCAUAGCGCAGGAGUGAGCCACAUGCCACGGCCGGCAGAAGUGGUCAAAAACGAGGGACACUGGGCCCGAGCUUGCCAUGGGCUGGCUGGACAUGCCGCCGAGUGCAGGGUGGACCUGCCUGACUCCUGGGGUUAGCUUUUUAAAAACCUUGAAAAGGAAAACAAAAACCAAAGUGUGUAAUUUGGAUUUAGAGGAGAUGCAAGAUUCUCAGCUCCCUGUCCUCGCUCUGGGGUCGUUGGGGACCGUGGAGCUUGGGUGUCGAGGAGGAGGGGCCUCACGCUUUGGUUUUAUAGCUUAUCUCCUGUAUCGUCUUUUGGACCUGUUUUAGUAAACCUGUUUUUCAUUUUAUUAGAUUUGGUCACUUAAAAAUACAAAACUCGAUUAUC